AUGUCUAGAGCUUUGUCUUCCACAAGAGUGUUGAUUGGUGAUGAAAUCAUUCCUGCAACUUUGAUAUUCUCUAUCGAAUCUGGGAAAAUAUUACAAAUCGAAAGAAAAGUAUUGCAAAAAAGUGAUCCACUCUUGAGGCUUUAUAAUGUAUUGCCAAAAGAUUACCGAAAUGUUACACCUUUAGUAAUUAUGCCUGGGAUUGUCGAUGCGCAUGUACACUUAAACGAGCCUGGAAGAACUGAAUGGGAAGGUUUUGCAACUGGAACUCAAGCAGCAGCUUCGGGUGGUGUCACUACGGUUAUUGACAUGCCAUUGAACGCCAUACCGCCUACAACCACUGUUGCCAACUUUAACCUUAAAAUUUGUGCUGCGAAAGGUCAAACUUGGGUUGACGUUGGGUUUUGGGGAGGUUUGGUUCCUGAUAACUUGGAGUCGUUGAAACCUUUAAUCUCUAUGGGUGUUAGGGGUUUUAAAGGAUUUUUGAUUGACAGUGGAGUUGAAGAGUUUCCAGCAAUCGAUGGGAAUUACAUAUUGCAAGCUAUGAAAGAAGUUGAGAAUUUAUCCACAUUACUCAUGUUUCACGCUGAGAUGCAACCCAAUAUGAAUGAAGGGCCGGCACUCACUGUAAAAGAAAGUGCAAAUACCAGUCCUAAACUAGUGGUAAAUGAAAAGCGAGCUAAUUUUUCACUAGCUGAUGAAGAUGAAGAUAGCUCGACUAGAACCUUGAAGGAUGAGAGUUCCUCUCAAACCACUAAAGAUCGAUCACUGGCUUCAGUGGCUAGAGAUUCCUUGAGCACUGCAAAGACUCAUACUGAUGAUAAGCUUAAAGCCUUGAGUACUGAUCUUGAUGAAUUUAGCUUAGGGAUGUCGGCAUCCUUCAUUAAUAGAGCCCCAAAGCCCGUUGUGGACUUAUUGAACUCUUCGAAGUGUGGCCAUGAUGAUGAACAUGAACAUUGCAGAUUGCCUCAUAACCAUGCAGGAUCUAUCGAUCAUAAUGUUUUAAGCGAUGAACAAGCUAAAGCAUUAGCAAAGUCUCCAAUUUUAGCAGCAUCGGAACCGAGAUUUGGUAAGUAUGCUAGAAUAGCUCACAGAAAGUAUGAUCUGUCUCCAUUUGUGGAAGCAAUGCGUGAAGAUCAACUAUAUAAGGAUGACAGCUCAUUUGAUACUCCUUUACUUUUAGCUCAGCAAGAAGAUUCUACGUUGGCAAAUGUCGAUGCAACGUCUUAUGCUACCUUCUUGGCGUCAAGACCAGAUAAUUUUGAGACAACAGCAAUUGCAGAAAUCAUACAUUGCUCAACAAAAAUACCCACGGUACCAUUGCACAUAGUUCAUCUAGCAACACAUGAGGCUAUUCCUCUCAUAAGAGCUGCAAAGUCUAGAAACUUGCCAAUCACAGCUGAGACGUGUUUUCACUAUUUAUCGUUAAGCGCAGAGAAAAUUUCAAGUUGUUCAACUCAUUUUAAAUGUUGUCCCCCUAUUAGAACAGACGAUAACAGGAAGCUCUUAUGGAGAGCCUUAAGAAAUAACAUUAUAACCACUGUUGUUUCAGACCAUUCACCUUGCACUCCAGAACUUAAAGGUUUGGACAAAGGUGAUUUCUUCUCUGCUUGGGGGGGUAUCUCAUCUGUUGGGUUUGGAUUGCCAAUUUUAUACACCGAAGGAACCAAACUUGAUCCUCCUGUGACAUUGCAGGAGAUAAGUAAGUGGUGUUCACUUAAUACAGCCAAGCAAGUGGGGUUAGAGCAUAGAAAAGGUAAAAUAGACGUUGGGUAUGAUGCCGAUCUCUUAUUAUUUAAUCCAGACGUAAAUUACGUUGUACAAAACUACAAAACUUUUUUUAAGAAUAAGUUAACAGCCUAUGAUGGUAUGGAAUUUAAAGGGAGAGUCAUGGAAACAAUUGUAAGAGGAAAUUCAGUAUUUGCGUUGGGUAAAGGUCAUUCUGACAUCCCCUUAGGAACAUUGUUAUUAGAGCCUAGAACUUAG